AAUUCUUCAAGGAGCAAAUAUCCAACCCGAAUGUCAUUAACUGUUAGAUAUUCUAUGAUAACAUUACAAACAUGUAUUAGCGUAACAUAUUCUUGUGUUCUCUAAUAAAAUGAGAACCUUAAGCCAUUUUCUUAAUAGAAGACAAGAGGAAUAAUGGAGGGAGGAAUCUUAGACUUUGAACAAAAAAAAUAAAGAAUGUUUUAGCCAAUCAAACACCACAAUUCCCACUUUCUUCAUAAUUACGAGUAAUAAAUAUCAUCUACAACCAACACCAUUAGUUGCAAAAAUAUUCUCACAAUGAAUAAACAAUAACUUGGUAAAUAUCCAUCUUUUUCCAUGCUAUAAAUGCAUGAACAUUCUCUUGUUGAAAGACACAAACAAAGAGGGAUGGAUGCAUUUAGAAAAGUAGAAGAAGAUGACGAUAGGGACAUUAGCUUGAAAGAUUUGUCUAAGAAGCUACAAGAUUUUGCAAAGGCUAGGGAUUGGGAAAAGUAUCAUACUCCGAGGAAUUUACUCCUUGCCAUGAUUGGUGAAGUAGGGGAAUUAUCAGAGAUAUUUCAGUGGAAAGGAGAGGUGGAAAAAGGAUUAGAAAAUUGGGAAGAAUCAGAGAAAGAACAUUUGGGAGAAGAACUAUCAGAUGUACUUUUGUACCUUAUUAGAUUAGCUGAUAUAUGUGGCAUUGAUCUUACCAAUGCUGCUCUUAACAAAAUCCUUAAAAAUUCCAUUAAAUAUCCACCUCCUGACCCGCUUUUCAUCACUAAAGGGGAACAAUCAUCAAAUUCAUAAUCAAAUUGACCUCAUUUCUUGUUUUCA